AUUGGGUGUUCUAUUACAACAAAAGUAUAACCAUGGAUUACGAGUUUAUGGACGACAGUCAAGUUGUGAAGGAGCAGAGGAGCUCCUGGUUCUUCCAGAUGAUCUAUGACUGGUUCACUUUUCAGGCGAACUUCCUGAUCAACUACGGGUGGCAAUGCCUCGGGGGGCUCAUCAUAGCUGUCAUCAUUUGGAACUGGCUGCAGCCCAAGAUUGAAGCGUGGAAGCAAGCUAGGGAAGACGCUGCGUACCACAAAGACCCUGAUCGUAUGUUGGCACGUGAGGAGGCAGUCAGAAGAGCACGGGAGCGGCAGGAGCAGAGACUGAGGGCCGACUCCGCGCGGGCGGCCGAGCUGCAGAAAGAGAAAGAAGAAAGGAAGAGGCGAGAGGCCAUCGAGCUACUAGAAAGGCAUGGCCGCCUGCCCGGCGCCGGCGGCCGGCGGCUCGGGUCCGCCGAUGAUGGCUUCCUGCCGCUCAGCGGCGGCGCGGGGGGCUCCUCCUACCGCGCGCCCAAGCGCUCCGCCUGCGGGGGCGGCGGCUGCGGCCGCUAGGCCUCUAGGCCUCUAGGCCUCUAGCCGCAGUAUCACACUGCACCGAGCGCCACGGAACA